AGAAAACAUACAAUACACAAUUUAACGAUGGUACUCUCUACACAAAUUUCACGUCUUUCCGAUGGAUUGCCACUUGCACAAUCAGUCGAUGAUAGUUCUACAGAAGCAGCCUUGUCAGAAUACAAACAACAGGCAAAAUUGCUAUUACGCAGAAUAACACCUACUUCAGCACCAACAUGUACGAUCGAUAGUGGACCGAGUUAUUCCUUACAUUAUCUCAUCAGUCCACCUCCUAAUGCGGCCGGUAAUUUGAACACCACAAGUGUCGUCUUUUUGACAAUUGCACAAAGAAGUUAUCCACGCAAAUUAGCAUUCGCAUAUCUUGAUGAACUUGCAAAAGAAUUUGUCAUGAAUUAUGGAAGUCAAAUCGGUCAAAGAAAUCUAAGGCCUUAUGCAUUUGUUGGAUUUGAUACAUUUAUGCAAAGGACAAAGAGACUAUAUGCUGAUUCCAGAACAGCAACAACUGCCUUGGAAGAGAAACAAGCAAAUGCAGCAGCAGCAGGAUCGGUUGGUGGAGAAGGUUCAGCACAAGCGGGUGGAACCAAGGAUCACCUGGGCAGACUGAAUGAAGAUUUGCAAGAUGUGACCAGAAUUAUGACCAAGAAUAUGGAAGAUCUUUUGUGGAGAGGAGAUUCGCUUGAUCAAAUGUCUUCAAUGUCUUCAUCUUUGCGUGAUGAAAGUUUGAAAUAUCGUAAAGCUGCUCGUCAAAUCAAUAUUGACGCCAUGAUUCGCAAAUAUGCACCUAUUGGAGCGAUUGCAUUUUUGUUCAUUUUCAUUAUUUGGAUCCGAUUUUUCUGAUCCUAUUGUAUAUGUACUCGUACCAUCACGAUGAGAAUAAUUCACACUCUAUCUUUCAAUGAUGGGAAGAUAAGGAUAAGAAGUAGAAUGUGAGAAUAGCAUGUAAUGGUCAUGCGGGGGAUACUCUAAUCCACAUUCCUCAUUUCACGUGGCUGCGCUAAAUUAAAAGUCGUGUUUGUUGUUGUUGGUGUGAUGCACACAAUCCCUCAUGCACGGCCCAGAGACACGGAUCCUUUUUGUACAUACAUACUCCUGCUGCACCAGCACGGGGACCGUCAAUAACACCAUUCAUUGCA